UAGAUAAAGUGAAAAUUGAAUAAAUUCUUAGUGAUUACCGAAAUAAUUUGUAUACAGUUUAUUAGAUGUGCAACUAUUGUUAUCAAGAAAAAAAAUAAAAUCUCUUGCACAUACAUUAUUCAAAUUAUUUAACAACUUAUGUGUACUACAUUGGAAAAAUUAGAGGUGCUAGAUAGAGAAACUGGCAUGAUGCUGGACGAACUAACUUAUGAAGUCCGGCAGCUAUUUCCGGAAGAUAAAAUUCCAGUUUCCUUGAUGACCACAAUCUAUUUGUCGGCAAAAUUGAAUUAUCCCUUGCAGUUGGCAGCUGCUAUGAAUGAAAUUCCUAAUCCUGAUCUAAGAAACUAUGUGAUGAAUAUGAAAUUCGACGAAGUCGAUGGACAAUCCUUGACACCGCUUACUAUGGCCGCGAUUGCUGGUAAUAUUUCUUAUGUAAAAACAUUACUCGCACAAUAUGAUAUUGAUAUGGAAAAGGAGUGCAACGUCGUCUUCGAUGGUCUGGUGGUUUAUGGUGCUACCGCUUUAUGGGUAGCAUCUGGGCUUGGACAUUUACAAGUGGUCAAGCUAUUAGUACAAAGUGGAGCAGAUGUCAAUCAUAAUACGAAGGCUCAGUCAUCGCCAUUGCGUGCCGCAUGCUACGCUGGACGCUUAGAUAUCGUUAAAUAUUUAAUAGAACAUGGCGCUGACAUUAAUUUGGGUAAUAAAUACAAUAACACUUGUAUAAUGAUAGCUGCUUAUAAGGGUCAUGAACAUGUGGUUUACACUCUGCUAAAAAACGGGGCUAAUCCAAAUGAUCAAGCUUUAUGCGGAGCUACCGCUUUACAUUACGCUGCAGAAUGCGGUCAUUUAGAAGUUUGUCGCCUGCUUCUUGAUCAUGGAGCACGCUUGUUGGCUAAUGAACAUGGCCUGACCCCCGUCCUAAGUGCGGCUGAACGCACUCACGAACAAUUGGUGGAUUUUUUCAUAGAACGUCCAGAUCUAAUGAAGAAAGAUGAGAUUAUAAAUGCUUUAGAAUUGCUGGGAGCUUCAUUUGCCAAUGACAAAGACAACUAUAGUAUUGAGAAAGCGUUUCAGCAUUUAAUGCGAGCCAUGGAAUUACGUUAUGCGGAACAAGAUCGUACAUUACGUAAACAAUGUACACCUCCUGUUACAGCAUACGACGAAUGGUUUGAAACGCAAAAUAUACAAGAACUGCAAGCUAUACGACUAAAUCAUCAUUCCAUCCAUAUGGAAGCUUUAACAAUACGUGAACGUAUAUUAGGUAGAAAUAAUCCCGAUUUACCACAACCUAUAGUUUAUAGAGGUGCAGUAAUGGCCGAUCAUGGACGUUUUGCGCAAUGCCAAAUCCUCUGGAAUUAUGCUAUGGAUUUACGUAUUAUGACAAAUGUCUCUGUGGAACGUGAUCUUUUACGUUUUGCUCAGUUGUUUUCGCAAAUAUUACGACUAGAAAAUGAAAAUUUAAACUUAGAUCAAGUAUUAUCGGUGCUAGUUAAAUGUCAACAGGAAAUCGAACGAAAUAAUGAAAAAAUUAAUAAUCCCGGACCGAAAGAUGUGCCACAAAUGAUAGCUGACCACAAUGAGCAAAACAUUACAACCGCUUUAUAUUUAAUAAAAAUUAUAACAAAAAUUCUACCAAAGCAAGUCCAAAUUAGCAAAAGUCAAGUUGACUUAUUGUAUUCGACCAUAAAAAAAUUCAUAAAAAGCGAUACUCGGAUGUCGGAUGGACAGACCUUAUUACAUUUAGCAGUCAAUGGAGUGACACCUGUAGAUCUUUUUUACACCAACGACGUGUGCAAAUUUCCCUGUCUUCGCACAGCCGUGCUGUUAGUGUAUUUAGGUGCUUCGGUUAUGGCCAUUGAUAAUGGGCAAAAUACUCCUUUGCACACCUUAGUCUCAAAGCUACCUCGUGAUAAUUCCAGCCUAGCACAAGCGGGAAAAUGUCUUAAGGUUUUAGUAGAAGCUGGUGCCCAUUUAGAUGCUGUUAAUGCUCAAGGCUUAACUCCUUCAAAACUGUGUAGAAAUGGUGUCUUAAGCCAUUUAAUACUAAACUAUCAGAAUUCAUUAACGUCACUUAAAUGCCUGGCCUCUCGAUGUGUGGUAGCGAAUGGUGUUCCUUACAAAGGCUUAGUGCCGAAAAUCCUCGAACCUUAUAUACAAAUACAUAGUUCGGAUAAAUUUAAAGUUUAGUUAAAUUCCGUUCUAUCGCUCUCUCUCUCUCU